GCUGUCUUGGUUGUUUGUCGGAAGCGCCACACUGACGUCACACAGCGUCACUGUGUGCGCUGGCGGGAGUCUCGCGCGCUGUUUACGCCGCUUUGGGUUUUUUUCUCUCAAGCGUUUUGGUUCAGUUUGAGUCUUUUUGGGGUUUUUUUUGUUGGUGCACGUGUUCUCGCGGUUUCACGGAGCUCAGGGUAUGUUGGAUGUAUGAAAACGCGGUGCGGGGCGGGUUGAGCUGUUUCAGUGCGCCGCAUGGAGGCUGUUCUGGAGAACUUGGAGAGCACCGUGGAGCUUCUAGCGGUUUCACAGACGGACUGUGUGGCCGAGUGGGACGGUGAGACAGUAGACAGGGCGUUUCAAUGGGCUCAGUACUGUGAGCAUCUUCACUCUCGGUUCCACGCAAACCCGUCUGUCCGCGAGGCUUUAGAAGGGCGCCUGCGCGACACGAACCAGCUGCUGGAGCUCACCUUUAACGGGUACCGCAGCGUGACUCUGUUCGAUCUGGCGCAGUGCCGCCACAGGCUGCUUGAUGGUCUUCUGAAAAACCCCGCGACACCACACAACGUUAUUAAAUGCAUUUUGGACCGGUUUGGCCUGGCUGAGGAGGCUGCAGGUGAUCUCACUGCUGACCUCGGUAGUCUCAGCGCGUGCAGGUCAGCAUGUACACUUUUGGCCGACUUUUCACUGAACCGGACGGAUUCUGGCUUCUCUGUUGGCACACAGGUUCACUGCACGAUGCUCCUACAGCGCAUCCAGGCCAUACAGAGCAGGGCAGGCAACCAGGAGUAUGCUACAAAAUUGCUGGAUUGUUUGCUGGAGGACUGUACAGAAGGACAGAAUAGCUUUUUUUUACUUCUAGCAGCUGCCCUACUGACAAAAGACACAACCAGUGAAGACACUGCGGCCCAAGGAUUUCUGCUCACCUGGUUAGAAGGACAUGAUGGUUUAUUGCACAGAAUGUGUCAGGCUUUAUCUCCUGAAUUAUGCACCAAACUUUCUCAAAACUGGACAAGAUUUAAGUUUGCUUAUUGGGACAGUUUGAAAAAGUCAGCUUCCUCCUUGGAGUAUGAUUUGAGCAGUGGAUUAUGGAUACAGCCAUGUGAUAUAGCAGUGUCAUUUUCUAGACUCACAGAACGCUUGAAGUCCUUAUGGAGUUCAGGUUCAUCUUUAAAAGACGAGAUUAAAGAAUAUUUGAUUGCUCUUAAACAGGCUGAUGGGGACUUUGAGGUCGAGGGACUGAGUGUGUGGACAGACCUGCUUGGACAGCUUAAGUGAAGCUGUGUGUGCCUCUCUUGAGUUGCACCAAACCAAGAUGAAGUCAGUGGUGUGUUUGGAUAGCAGACAGGGGGAGACAGUGCUCUUUAACAGAUCUGCAGAAUACACAACUGUACAAUUACCACAUUUCCUUUCUGUCAGAACAGCACGUAUUGUAAUUUCAUUUCUACAGUAAAAUGUAAUAAAAUAUUGUUUUUAUUUA